CGAAACUUCUGUCCAGAGGAGGAGUCGCCGGACAUCGCCAGGGUUCUUCGCCGGAAUCUAGUCGCCACUUUGAUUCUUCGUCGAUCCAAUUGAGGUGAGUGAUUUAUCUCUCGCUAAAAUUUACUCGUAGGUUAGGAUUCGUUAGUAUAUUCUUGUGCAAUUGGUGUUGAGUUCGUGAUUAUGAUUAUGGAAUUGUGUGAUUAGAUUGUGUUAAAAUCUAAUUUGGAUUUGAUAUUGUGAAUUUGAUCUGUGGUUCGGAUGAAGGUUGUGGGCUGUUUCCCCCCUCUUCUCCGUUGUUUACCUCUGUUCUUCUUCUGUUAUUCUGCCCUCUGUGUUCCUCUUUUUCUCCUCCUCCCCGCCUAUGUGCUCCAUCUCUGUUCGUUAUGCUGUACCGUCCCCGAAGGAGCUGCUGCCGAUGACCCCUGGACGCUGCGGCCGUCAAAGGGAGAUGCUACCGAAGCUCCGCCAGCCCUCGCUGUCAAAGUUGUUUACUGUCGCCGCUACUGGAAUUGAGGCUUGACGCUACUGCUAUAAAACGCCACAAUUAUGGUGCUUGAUUGAAGCUGUUGUUGAUGUUGAUUCUUGUUCCACAUGGCUACUGCAAUUCUUCUACUCCACUUACUGUGAAGGUGGAGUCAUACUCCUUCCACUUCCAAUUUACACGAGCCAUUAUUGGAAAUUGUGAUUUGGGACCAUGGAUUCAAAUCUCUUGCAGAUUACUCUUUACAUGGAACUUAAAAUUUAAAUAAUGGCUACCACUCACUCCAACUUUACCUUGACAGCAGGAUGUGUUCAAGUAGGUGGGGUUUUGUCUAAGUAUGAAAUUUGUUGGUGAUAAUUAUUUGUGGAAUUGAAAUUGUGAUUUUGAUCCACAUAGUAGUAUUAAGAAAAUCUGUAUUGAAUUGGAAAUCUAAAUCAUUUGUAAGACUAAGGAUUUGAAACAUAAGGUCAUGCAGGUGUUGGCGUAUACCUGAUGGUCUCCAGGGUUAAAGCGUACGUACGGGAGUCCGUGACCUGCCUCGGCACCUCCGUGGUACGGGCUCCAACCCGCCCAAUUGGACACCUUCCAUUGGGUUUACAAGCUUGGCCUCUUGGACACCUUUCCAAGAGUGUCCAUGACUAGUGUGUUUACUUA